GCCCCUCGCCUCGCCUCUCCGUUUCGUGGGCCUCUCGAGAACCUCCAGGAUCAGGCAGUCGGUUGGUUCUCGCUUUCCGCUCCUGACCCUGUUGAUAGCCUCGAUACCAUCAAUUUCAAUGACUUCCUGGCGCUUGAUGAGAGCACCGACGACCCUCCGGCUUCCACCGACGACCCUCCGGCUUCCACCGACGAAGCACCCGCCGCACCAGCACCAGAACUGGCUGACGCCAGUCCCUCUCAAGACGACCGCGCCGCCCCUCUAGAAAUCUUCAGCCGGAGCGCUCGACAAGCAGCAGCCCGCGCAAGCGGAAAUUGGACGGCAGCAAGGUGUCUCCGCCCAAUGGGCAGAUGAUGACGGCGUCGGGGCCCAUUGAGGCAUUAUGGUCACCAAAGGUGACUGAGGAUGAGUACAGCACUGCCUAUGUCGAAUUGGCUCCACCAACGGCGCCAAAGCCUUCUUCACCUCAACACGACUUCACCGCACAACCCUCCACACCUCCAGUAAAUAUCAAAGACGAUCACGCGAUCUCACCUGAGGAUCUCGAGUCCAUCCAACAAUUCCUCGACGACAACCCCGCCCCCGUCUACAGAACAUCUCAGCAAGUCAAUAUCUCCACUCCACCCUCCGACAUCACCAUGGCACACCCAGUCAACAUGAAUACCAACCGAAAGGUGCAAAAACAGGCUCCAAGGCACGUAGCCAAGACCCUUACCAGCACCGCCAAUAGGGUCAACAAGAAGGCCAAGGCCCCACCCAAGAAGAAGACGCAACACCAGCGCACCACCUCUACAACUUCUAACAUCACACCGUCACCCAGCUUUACCUCAUCUCACCGCAGCAUCGACGAGCUCCUUGCCUCCAACUUCUAUUCUCUCGAUGCGCAAGAAAAGGUUCGCAUCAUGCUGCCCAUGCUUCGAAACCUCGACCCUAGGGAGCUCGAGAAGAACCUCGCCGCUCUGCCCUGCAUCCAAGCCAAAGUCGCUGGUCACAAAGUACGCGUUGCGAAGCCCAUCCAUUACUCUCCCCCCACACCCGAAGACGAUGAUAUCCUUGCUACCAAACUGACCUUCGGCACUCCUCCCUCGCCCACACCUGCUACUAGGCGCAACUUCGCUUCACCACCAGCUCCAGCCACUCAGGAUUUGCACAAGAUCGCCCAUGUUGGUGUCAGGGAAUACCACGGUGCGGUUCGUCAGCGCGAGGCUCUCGAGAAGGCUGCGGCGCUGCAGGUGCAGGCCAAGAAGCGUUGAGCUUAACACACUUUCACUUUAGCGUUCUGGCGUAAUAUAACAGGGGCUCGUUACGAUACAGGACACGAUCACGAUAUCAAAGGACAUCUGAGUGGUUACGGCGUACAUUCGUAAAGUUCUCAGUAUCAGCAGCGCCUCGAAGAUUG